GAACGUGACGACCGCGUGGCUGUUGUUGUGGUGGACGCCAUUUAUCGUUUCCUGUCUUUCAAUGCCCUUGUCAAAAAGUGUAUUUCGAAUUAUAACAGCGAUUCCAGUAAUUGGAUUAUAAUACAGGAUAUAUUAAUUGCAAGAAAAUUGAAGAAAUGAGUGAUGAUGAUAGAGACAAUGAUAUUGAAAGUGAUGCCGACAAAAGAGCACAUCAUAAUGCAUUGGAAAGAAAGAGAAGAGACCAUAUAAAAGACAGCUUUACAAGCUUAAGAGACUCGUUACCUGCAUUCCAGGGUGAUAAAGUGCGGGCAUCCAGGGCUCAAAUUUUAAAGAAGGCAGCAGAUUAUAUACAAUCUAUGCGUCGAAAGAACUUAGCCCAUCAACAAGACAUUGAUGAUUUGAAGCGACAAAAUAAAGUAUUGGAAGAUCAAAUUCAGUCCUUGGAAAGAGCAAAAUCUACUGGUAAUUAUGCAGCAGCAGCUGCUGUUCUCGAGGCAACACAUUUAAAUAACAAAGCUAGCUCAAUGGUGGCAGCAUUUGACGCUGAUUCGGACUCUGAAGACAGUUCAGACACUGAUGAAUCAAAAAGUGGUCAAAGGAAAAGGUUGAAAGCAAGUGUAGAGCCUCCUUUACGAGCAUAAUUAAAGUACUGUUAAUGGGAUAGUAUUCUGUACAUGCAUCUCCUGAAGACGUCCGUUUUUAAAAGCAGAUCGUCGAAGUCAUCUGUGCAUAAAUUUAUGUAUGUGGUACUUCUAAGGAUCUCAUCUUAUGUGAUAGUCAUAUUUUACAUUUUUUGAACUUGGAUUAGCCUGAGCGGUUUUGUUCAGGAAGUUCAUGUAAACCCAAUUUUGGUGUUAGAAUAGGACUUGAAAUUAACAUUUAUUAUUCACCUGCUGGUGCUUCAUCAUAGUGUUCUUAAUUGUAAUUCAUAAUUUUGUAACAGAAGUUAUAGCAAAUAACAGAAAUUACCUAACUUAAUUCAGUGUGUUUGUGAGCUUAGAACAUGCAUCAGACAAGAUCAAGAUGGCAUUUUCUUCUGUAUUAGAACAUCUGCUUAACUUGUUUGAAUCAAGUAUUCUGCAAAGCACUUUUAUUGAAACAUUUUUAGCACUAUGCAUCAUUUAAUGUAAUAUAGAUAUUGUAAAUAUGCAGUAACGUAUUGUUAUAUUUAUUGAAUUCUUUCCCUGAUAAAGUUGUUAUUAGCUGUAAUGUUUAUUAUAUUCCAUAAUGAAAUUAUUACCUUUGUGAAUAAAAUAUUGUAGGAAGUAAUUUAAUAUUCAGUUAAGCUGGACUUGGAGCUUGCUCUUUUUUAGAGUUAAGCUUUUCUUAAUCAUAAAUCUUUAAAAUCACUGCCAAAGUAAUUGUCCAAACUUCUAAUUCUGUUAUAUUUAAAAUAUAAAGUUUUCAUCAUGUAUAUCUCGUUUGAUGGUGUCUAUGAUUCCAGUUAUGCAUAUAUUGAAAAAUCUUUGUAAAUAGAUAAAAUGUCAUAAGUUUAUGAAUUUUCAUAAAUGUACAAGAAGCAUGUUAACUGUUAAAAAUGGAUAGCACUCAAGUUUUUAGAUAAAGAAAUUUUUUUCAAAGCAGAAGUAUUUCCCCCUUUCUCAUUUUAUUUUCUAAAUUGAAAAAACUAAAUUCUGAGUUCUUAAACAGAUUCAAUAGUUACUUGUAACCCUUUAAUUUAGGCUUCUUCUGAUGAGCAGUGAAAUCUAGGUAUUUAAAUUAGUGAAAGGAAAGCAGCCAUCUGUAACUUUUAAAUCGGCUUUGUUUCAUUGUUUUAUAAUUAAAGAUAUCUAAUAAAAUGAUUUCAGUAUAUUGUGCACAAAACAAUAAUGGAAAGUUUGACUUUUAAGUAUCUACUUUUAUUGAUAGACUUUGUCAGUUUAUAUUUGCUUUGAGAUAAGUAAAUGAAUUAUUAAUGGAAUGUCCAAAUUUUUUGUUGUGGUAGCCUAGUUUUCAGUAUUUUUUAUGCUUUGGCAAAAAUUUUGUCAUUUUUCAAAAAGGAAAAAUAUUCGUGUAUAUUUUAAAUAUCAUUCUUGCAUCUUGUAUUUCAUCUGCCUAUUAAAAAAAAGGGGGGAAAAGUUGUUAAUCAGAGGAGUUGAUUCAUAGUAGGCAUGUAGCAUAAAUUCAUUCUAUGUUGUGCAAAUAACGUUUCCUCUUUUUCAGUUCUGAAUUUCUCUGCUUUACUUUGUUACAUUUGACAAUUAAACAUUUUUAAAACGAGCUUUUAACAUUAUUUAGCGAUAUGUGAAUUUUUUUAAAAUAAGUGUGUUGUACAUACAUUGUAAUUUUGGACCCUCAUGAAAUUGGUAGGUAUAAUUUUAUGAUGUAAGAACAUAAAAGGCAGUGUUAUUUGUAUAUUAAUCUUUGUAAUAAAAUUAUGUAAAUUUUUAAAUGUUCAAAACAAAUGUUCAUUUACAAAACAGGACCAUGUAUAUUUGUAAAGUGAAACACUUCAAACAAAAAUACUGAUAUCAUUCCAUACAAAGUAAAUCUGAUUUUAUCAAAAAGGAAAGGCUAGUAAAGGUUGGAUUUCAGUGCUAUGCAAUAUUUUGUUGCAUGAAUGUAGCAUUGCGUAAAAUACUGUUUAGCAGCAGUAUGUAAUACCAGAAAGUUUAUUUUUUUAAUGUAUUUUUCAGUUGUGUUUAUAAAUUUUAAGUUUAUUCUUUUAUAUUUAAAUUUGCUUUUAUGCGUUGCUGUAAAUUUUGUGGAGUGUAGAGAAUUCAAAGAUGACUGUCUAUAUCUGUCCUAAUUAUUUACUGCUAUUUUAUGAUUCUUAACACCAAACAAAAAUAUUUUUAGCAUUGUAAAUAAUAGCAUUUGUAAAGUAUAUUUGCAUUUAACACCUCCUAUUAGAUGGAAAGUGAUUAUAUAAAAUUAAUAUGAUAAUUCAUUGUCUCAGAGCAUAACAUAGAACUGAUAUUUUUAGCUUUUGCUAUUAAAUUUUCAGUAUAGUGAACUUCAUGCAGCUGUAAUAUAAAGAUAAGAAUCUUCCACAUUCUCUGUGCACAUGUGUAUUUAAAAUUUUUUAUGUUGAUGUGCUGAUAUUAUUUUAAGCUAGCUCAUUUUGUAUUUAUUGUAUUUGUGUGUAAUGCUUGAAAUAUCAGUUAGUAUUGAAUUGAACUGUAUGAAGUACCUGAAAUAUUUCACCUCAGUGACUAUUCUUGAUAUGAAUUCAAUAUUGUGAAAGUUUUUGUUUCCUUCUUGAUAAUUAAUCUAAUCUAGUCAGAUGUUAUGUAAAAGCAUGAAUCUUCUGGUCUUCUAAUUAUUUUUUGUGUUUUCAUUAAAUAAUAAUUUUGUUCCAGUGAUAAAUAAUUGUAUUUUUUCAUUAAUUUUUUUAAAUGUUUUAAUAGCUUCAACUGGAAUAAUUAAAUUUUUUUAUGAACUACAGCCCAAAAGUUUCAACUCGUUAUGUAAAUUGGAUACGUUAAUUGAUUUUGAUUAAAAUACAAUAAAUGAAAUUUCUUUGCCAGCCUCUCUUUUCUUAAGAUGACAAAGUUAUCAGUUACUAUAUAAAGGAAAAUUUGUGUAUUUUAUAAAUCUUUUUAAUAACAUGAGCAAUGAAAAUUUUUAAUUUGUAUAAAAUAUUUAUGUAAAUGUUUGUAUAAUUUCUUUGUCUAACACUAUUUAUCUGAAACUCUUGAGUUUUAUGAUCAUGUGAUAACUAAACUCAUUGAUGUUUCAAAAUUGUAUGUACGUGUUUUAAUCAAAUUUGUAAAACUUUUCCACUUUUAAAAAAAAAAAAAAUUAGUGAAAUUGUGAUUUAGACUUUGAAUGUGAUAAAUAAAUAUAUGGAAACUACUUAAUUUUCACUAUACAAUAAAGUUUAAAAAAUUAAAAGCCUUCCAUUAAUUCUGUAGGAGGGGAAAGUAAUAUGUGACACAUGCAUAGUAUCUGAUCCUUAAUAUAAUUUCUUUUGAAGUCACCAUUUAUAUAUAGUUAAAUAUUAACUUUCCUUCAACUAUGCAAUUGCAUUUUUUAGAAUGUAGUAACAGGCAUUCAGUUCUGUUUGAGCAGUAAUUGCUUUUCAGUAUGAACAUGGUAUUUUUUGCAGAUUAGCAGCAUGUGGUAAUAAUUAAAAAAGGAUAUAUUAGACUGAAAUCAAAUUAACUUUCUUACAAUAGUUUCUUGGAUAAAUUAAGAAAUUAUAAUUCUUAGGUUUAAUAUGUCUUCAGUUUUAUGUAUAUAAUAAGUUAAAAAUUAAAAAGUUCGUAUGAAUAAAUCCUGUAUAGAAAUUACCAGAAACUUCAUUAACAUAGACUGCUGGAGGGAUUAGUUUUUUUUUUUAAGUGUCUCCUUUUGAAAUUUUUAACUAAGCAUUUGUUAUCUUCAGUUGUGUUUUUACAUAUUUAAAGAAAGUCUGGGUUCUUAAAUUAAAAAUAAUUAAAUGAUUUUAAACUUUUUAGCUAAAUUUUCAAAACUAGUAAUUUCUGUAAUAAGAAAUACUCUUUAUUUUGGUGUGUCAUAAUUACUGAAAUUAUAAAUUUUAGAUUUUUCUUUGGUGAUACAAAUGUAGAAUAACUUCAGUGGAGAAUACUGGGGAAAAUUCUAAAUUUAAUUUAACUUAUUUGUUAAUUUUUUUCUUGUCAAAUCAUUUGAAAAUAAAAGCUUGUUUUCAAGUUUAAUUUUUAGGUUAGUUUUUAAAAUCUGAAAUGUUCAAUAUAUUUUUUUUCCCCAAAGCCAUGAUGUGACAUUAGAAUUUAAAUGCAGAGAACAUAUAUUCAAAUUUCGAACAUGUCAAACUAGAUAAAUUUAAAAGUGGAAAGAAAUUUCUAUUUAUUUGUAUUGAAUUUUUUAUUCAGAUUUGUUUGUAAUAAUAAGUCUCUUAAAAUCAAACCCACAAAUAUAAUUUCAUUUAUGAAGAAAUAUGCUAUUUUUAAUGGUAAUAUACAUAGUAAUUUGUGUUUGGGAAGUAGCAGUUCUGUCAGAAUGCAGUGUAAAUUUUUUAGUUAAAUAAGUUUUUCUUUUAUUACAAAAUGAUGAGUAGAUUUUCCCUUUAUGUGUUUAAAUUAGUUUAUUAAUAUAUAGAAGAUAAUCUCCCUCGGUUAAUUGUAAAUCUGUGCAUAAAUAUAGUCAAUAUGUGUGGAGAGAAUUUGUUAUUUUAAUAAUUUUUCUCAAUGUAACUCUGUUAUGUUCCAGACAUCUAAAAUUUAUAUCGAUUUAUAAUAUACUUUCUAAUUCUCACCUCAUACUUAUUAUAAAUACUUUGUUCUUUGUAGUUUUUAUCUAUUCUUUCCAGUUUUAAAAUGUAUUUUAUUGUAUGUUACUAAAAAAAAUGUACAAGCUAAACGUAGCUUAACAUUUCUAUCACAAGAUCUAUUUAAACUGAAAUUCUGUCCUGUAAAUUGAAAAGGAAAGUCUUAAAAACAUUUUGAUUAAAUCUUUUCUAUCCCCCUCCAUCCAUUUUGAUACAAUAUGCAAUUUUAUGAUACUAACCGGUGAGAUACUGCCCUACAAUCCUUGGAAGAAAUGUUUUACUUUUGUCUUUGCUGUUACCUUUUUCCCCCCAUUCCCUUUUUUAUAUGUAAUUAGCAAAGAAAAAGUGAACUAUUCACCAUGUUUUGCUAGAGCAAAGUCAUUUGUGUAUUUCCUUAUCUUUAAUUUAUGUUGUCAUCUGACAUGUGUUUGUUGAUGUCCUUAUUUAUGAAUGACAGCUAUAGUUACUGAUAUGUACAGAAUUGUUCAUGUUAAUAAAGCCAGUUAAAAGUAG